UAAGAGACUGAAAAAUCCAAGAGCUAAGGGAUCAAAAUGAUCCUCUUCAGCUGCUUGAGGAUGUCCACUGGACAGGGGACACGACAAUUCUUUAGUCUUGCGAUAAGAACGCCACAAACAAACAGUGAGAUAUUGAAAUCGAAGUCUGCCCUGCAAGAAUUGGUGAGAAGUGCACACUAUGGAGAUGGGUUUAUUGGUGUCCCAAGAUUUGGAACCAGGAUCAAGGAAUAUUAUGUUAAAAAUGACCUGAUAAAGUAUUUCUGGAUUGCCCUGACCCCUGUUGCUGCUUUAUCACUUGUCAAUACUUAUAUAGGUCCAGCUGAAUUAAAGGAUAUUCCAGAGGGAUAUGAACCACGCCACUGGGAAUACUACAGGACUCCAGUACAAAGAUUUAUGCACAAAUGGGUUUAUUCAUCAUAUGAACAGGCAUAUGAAAAGAAUCUGCAUACAAUUGACCUAAAGUAUAGGAGGAGAAUUGCAAAGAGCAAGUACAAAAUGGUAGAUGAACACAUGAGACACAACACAGAUUACAAGGGAUGGUACUAUAGCGAUGACAGAAGAAUAGAGGGUGUUAAGAUUCACGACCAGAUGUACAGGGAAAAGGGUAUCUUCCGAGAAUUCUACUAUGGACGUCCUCCCUACAACAGGACCACAAGACUCAGAGACUAAAUAUCUUGUCAGGAGAAUCGUAUUUAUUUUGUGACUUAACAUGUGCAGUUACAAUCUUUGAGGCUUAUUAAAGGCACUGGGAAUUUGU